UACCAGAGACCCCGCCCCGCGGCAUGACCGGAAGUGCGCGGGGCCCCCAAGAUGGCGCUCGAAACCCGGAAGUGAGCGCGGCCGCGGCGAAGCUUAGAGAAACGGAGGCGCCGCGGGCUCCGCGCCCUGCCGGACCCGAGUCCGAGGUCAUGAUGCCGCCGCCUCGGAGCAAGAAGCCCAGAUAGAUGCCCCUGCGGCCUGGGUUGUGGAGCCCCCCAAUGCUGGUAGUGGGGCCCACCAUGGAUGGGGAGUUCCCUCCACACGAGCCCCCUCCAGCUGGCAGUGUCCUGUACAGCCCGCCGCCCCUGCAGACCCCGCUGUGCGGGUCCGGCGUCCAGAACGCCAUGCUGCACUACUCCUGGUGGAACACCUUCUCGCCCUCACCAUACCCAGCCUUCUCCAGUGAAAGCCACCAGUUCAUGAACUCGUCCUCCUUCAUUGCGGACCAGCCCUGUGCAGACACCAGCUAUGGCCCCUCAGCCACCACCCCCAGCUUCCCACCAAAGAGCAAUGAUUUUCCUCAGGACCCUUCGUACCUCGACGACCUCUCCAAUGCCUCCAUCUUCUCCUCGUCUGUGGACUCCCUCUCGGACAUCGCAGACACGCCCGACUUCCUGCCUGCUGACAGCCUCAGCCAGGUGCCCACCAUCUGGGAUGUGAGCACUGGCCCCUCCGCCCACGACAAGCUGUUCCUGCCCAGUGGGCCAUUUACAGGCCUUGAGGACCCCGUAUCCUCCCUACCUAGCACCCCGCUUCUCAUCAGCUACCAGUCUCAGAGUCAGCCCGAGGAGGAGGAAGAGGCUGAGGAGGAUGAGGCAGAGGAACUGGGCCACGCGGAGACCUAUGCAGACUACGUGCCUUCCAAGUCCAAGAUUGGGAAGCAGCACCCGGACCGUGUAGUGGAGACCAGCACGCUGUCCAGUGUCCCGCCGCCAGAUAUCACUUACACCCUAGCUCUGCCCACCUCGGACAGCGGGGCUCUUUCUGCCCUGCAGCUGGAGGCCAUCACCUACGCCUGCCAGCAACACGAGGUCCUUCUCCCGGGCGGGCAGCGCGCGGGGUUCCUAAUCGGGGAUGGCGCGGGCGUGGGCAAGGGCCGCACUGUGGCUGGCAUCAUCCUGGAGAACUACCUUCGGGGCAGGAAGAAGGCCUUGUGGUUCAGCGUCUCUAAUGAUCUCAAGUAUGACGCGGAGCGAGACCUGAGGGACAUCGCCGCCUCUGGCAUCGCGGUGCAUGCGCUGAGCAAGAUCAAGUAUGGCGACAACACUACCUCAGAGGGCGUCCUCUUCGCCACCUACUCGGCCCUGAUCGGGGAGAGCCAAGCUGGCGGGCAGCACCGUACGCGCAUCCGGCAGAUACUGGAGUGGUGCGGGGAGGCCUUCGAAGGCGUGAUUGUGUUUGACGAGUGCCACAAAGCCAAGAAUGCCAGCUCUACCAAGAUGGGCAAGGCCGUGCUGGACCUGCAGAACAAGCUGCCCCUGGCCAGGGUUGUCUACGCCAGCGCCACAGGUGCCUCUGAGCCCCGGAACAUGAUCUACAUGAGCCGCCUGGGCAUCUGGGGCGAGGGCACGCCCUUCAGGACUUUCGAGGAGUUUUUGCACGCCAUCGAGAAGAGGGGCGUGGGUGCCAUGGAGAUCGUGGCCAUGGACAUGAAGGUCAGCGGCAUGUACAUUGCACGCCAGCUCAGCUUCUCCGGUGUCACGUUCCGCAUUGAGGAGAUCCCACUGGCCCCGGCCUUUGAGCGCAUCUACAAUCGGGCGGCCCUGCUGUGGGCCGAGGCCCUGGGCGUGUUCCAGCAGGCAGCCGACUGGAUUGGCCUGGAGUCCCGCAAGUCCCUGUGGGGUCAGUUCUGGUCGGCCCACCAGCGCUUCUUCAAGUACCUUUGUGUGGCCGCCAAGGUGCACCGGCUGGUGGAGCUGGCCCGGGAGGAGCUAGCCCGGGACAAGUGCGUGGUCAUUGGGCUGCAGUCCACGGGUGAGGCGCGAACCCGGGAGGUCCUUGGCGAGAAGGAGGGACACCUUGAUGGCUUCGUGUCUGCUGCUGAAGGCGUCUUUCUGUCACUAAUUCUGAAGCACUUUCCUUCAACCAAGAGAAAGCGAGAGAGAGGAGCAGGCAGUAAGAGAAAACGGCGGCCACGAGGUCGUGGAGCCAAGGCACCCAGGCUGGCAUGCGAGGUGGCGGGUGUCAUCCGUAUCAGUGAUGACAGCAGCACGGAGUCUGACGGUGGCCUGGAUAGUGACUUCCACUCCUCCCCCGAGUCCCUGUUGGAUGAUGACGUGGUCAUCGUGGAUGCCAUCGGGCUCCCAGCUGAUGACCGCGGCCCCCUGUGCCCCCCACAGCGGGACCUGCACGGCCCUGGCAUCCUGGAGCGGGUCGAGCGGCUGAAGCAGGACCUGCUGGCCAAGGUUAGGGCGUUGGGCCGGGAACUGCCAGUCAAUACCCUGGAUGAGCUUAUCGACCAGCUGGGAGGCCCAGAGCAGGUGGCCGAGAUGACCGGCAGGAAGGGCCGCGUGGUGUCCAGGCCUGAUGGGACUGUGGCUUUUGAGUCCCGGGCAGAGCAGGGUCUCUCCAUCGACCACGUGAACCUCAGAGAGAAGGAGCGCUUCAUGAAUGGCGAGAAGCUCGUGGCCAUCAUCUCAGAGGCCUCCAGCUCCGGUGUUUCUCUCCAAGCCGACCGCCGGGUUCAGAACCAGCGGCGCCGGGUCCACAUGACACUGGAGCUUCCCUGGAGUGCUGACCGGGCCAUCCAGCAGUUUGGCCGGACCCACCGGUCCAACCAGGUCUCUGCACCGGAGUACAUCUUCCUCAUCUCGGAGCUUGCUGGGGAGCGAAGGUUUGCCUCCAUUGUGGCCAAGCGGCUGGAGAGCCUGGGGGCUCUCACCCACGGAGACCGCCGUGCCACCGAGUCCCGUGACCUGAGCAAGUACAACUUUGAGAACAAGUAUGGUGCCCGGGCCCUCAGCUGCGUCCUCACCACCAUCCUAAGCCAGACGGAGAGCAAAGUGCCGCUGCCCCAGGGCUACCCUGGAGGAGACGCUGCCUUUUUCUGUGACAUGAAGCAAGGGCUGCUGUCGGUUGGGAUCGGCGGGCGCGAGUCCAGGUCUGGCUGCCUGGAUGUGGAGAAGGCAGACUGCUCCAUCAGCAAGUUCCUGAACCGCAUCCUGGGGCUGGAGGUGCACAAGCAGAACGCCCUUUUCCAAUACUUUUCUGACACCUUUGACCACCUCAUCGCUGCCGACAAGAAGGAGGGCAAAUAUGACAUGGGUAUCCUGGACCUGGCCCCUGGCAUUGAUGAGAUCUACGAGGAGAGCCAGCAGGUGUUCCUGGCCCCAGGGCACCCACAGGAUGGGCAGGUGGUCUUCUACAAGAUCAGCGUGGACCGCGGCCUGAAAUGGGAGGAGGCCUACGCCAAGUCACUGGAGCUGACGGGUCCCCAUGACGGCUUCUACCUCUCCUACAAGGUCCGAGGCAACAAGCCCAGCUGCCUGCUGGCCCAGCAGAACCGAGGCAAGCUCUUCACCGUGUACAAACCCAACAUCGGGCGGCAGAGCCAGCUGGAGACCUUCGACAGCCUGUGCCGGAAGUUCCACCGGGUGACGUCAGAGGAGGCCAGGGAGCCCUGGGAGAGCAGCUAUAGCUUCUCGCUGACUCACUGCAGCCACACCACGUGGAACCGGCACUGCCGGCUGGUGCAGGAAGGCAAGGACUGCACGCAGGGCCUGCGGCUGCGGCACCACUACAUGCUGUGCGGUGCGCUGCUGCGUGUGUGGGGCCGCAUCGCAGCUGUCAUGGCUGACGUCACCAGCAGCAGCUACCUGCAGAUCGUGCGCCUCAAGACCAAGGACAAGAAGAAGCAAGUUGGCAUCAAGAUCCCCGAGGGCUGCGUGCGCCGCGUGCUGCAGGAGCUGCAGCUCAUGGACACCGACGUGAAGCGCAAACAUGCACGCGGCCGGGCUCUCCCUGCACUGCCGCCCACCCCACGCCCGCUCGAGGUCCUGGACCUCACGUACAGCCCUCCUGCCCAGGCCUUCCCUCCACCCUCCCCCUUUGCCUUCCCGCCCCCUGCCCCUGGCCCCUGCGGCCUGCUGCUGGGCGCCCCAGACGCCCCCGAUGCCCCGGCUGACCCCGCGGCCCUCCUGCACCAGGGCUGCGACAUCAACUUCAAGGAGGUGCUGGAGGAUAUGCUGCGCUCCCUCAAUACCGUGCCACCCCCCCAGGCCCCCGGCCCACUGGGUGCAGGUGGGGGGGCGGCAGGGGCCCCAGGGGGUGGUGGGGGCCCUGAGAGGCAGAGUGUGAUCCAGUUCAGCCCCCCCUUCCCCAAUUCCUAGGCCUGGGUAUUCUUCUCAGACAAAACUUAUUUAUCUGUAAUGUGCGCCAUGUCUCCACCAGGGAAGCAGGUGGUGGGCGGGGUCAGGCCCCCCUGACUACUGAGGAAGGAGGGGCCAGGGGCCCUGGGCCAGCCUCCGGAGGUCUCCACUGUAGUGCCUUCCCGCUGGUGCCUGCAGACCCCCAAGAUGCUGCCUGCCCAAUGGGGUCUCGGAGGCCCUGCCUGGUGGGCAGUGGCUGAUUGCAGGCCCCACUCAGGAGACUAGGGGGGAGGGGGCAGGCAGGGCCUGGGAGUGGGGGCCCUCCUCCUCUGUGCCUCUGUCCUCUACUGCCCGCUCCAGGCCUGGGUCGGGGCUCCCACCCCACCCACUUUACAAGGCCUAGUCAGGCCAGAACCCCUGAAAUCCACAAUACUGGGUGGCCCCAAGAGCUGGAAACUCAGGAAUCCCCAGGUGCUCAGGGCCCCGCCAUCUCUGGGGGGAGGGUCCAUGGGGCAGAUCUCCCCAUUAAUAUAUGCAAUUCCCCCUUCGCUGUUCCCUAAAUUAUUGCCCAGCCACCUCUCCCAGGUCCUAGAAUCUCCUGUGGAGCUGGUGGGUGGUCCCUUGGUUUCUAUGUGUAUUUAUAAUGAACUCAAGUGUACAUAUGUAAAGAGAUCUUUUUUAAAUAUAUGUGCCUUUUCAUUA